CAUUUGAAUUGUGGCUGUAUGACGAUAAGCCGCCGUGUGUUCUGCACAUUCUGCGACUGCUCGUGCGGCAAUGCCCCUUUCAGUUCCGCGUACAAGUGGCCACUAGAGUUCACGCGCGACUUCCGAUCACGAGGCCACCGGUGCCUCCUUCAGUGCUGCGCCGCACGCUCGCCUUGCGCGUGCAAUCUGGUCAUGCGUGUGGCGGGAAGCUUCACCGACCUUGAAAUAGAGAGGUUUAUGUGCUUCUCGCGAGUCGAAGACGCUCGAUCUCAAGGGCUGGACAUGGGCCCCGUUGACUCGACUGCUCUCAGAGCCAUGGUCGCAACCACGACCCUGCCACGCCAGGAAGCACAUGCCAUCAUUCCCAAGCCUCCUUUGGCCGAGUGUCUCUUCGACGUGGAUGUGGCCGCCGUCGCUUCUUCGUUGAUCGUUCCCAGCUCAAGCGGCACAUUGUACACAUUCAAAUCGUACUUGGUUAUGACCGAAGUCGAGGCGCAAGUGGUUGUGGGCUGGGCCCAGUCGCCUCUAUUCACCAUCACCAGUGCUCCCCCCUUGUUGCCAACGCUCAGUUUAUUUGCCCUAUGCGAAUGCCGAUGCUCGUACUUCUCCACCGACUACAUUCGCAUGAACAAAUCGUGCGGCCGAAAAGAACUGCGAUGUUUUCCCCACUGUUGCCCUGAUCAUAUGCCAUAUAACAGCUGCAACGUCCCCCUUCACAUCCGGCUUUUGUCAGCCAGCGCAGACUGGACUGUCCUGGCCCGGGUUGAGCUGGCAACAUCUACAUUAGCCAUCGGCGACGUUCUAUCUCUCGACGCUUUGCAGACCGACACGAACUGGAUUCUUGGGGCCAAGAUGGAUUAUUACGUACGUGUAGUUUUGUUGUGUAUAUAUAUAUCUAGACGUUGGAUCAUUUUACUAGUAUAUACUCCAAACUGGUUUAUACAUAUAUAUAGGACGACGACAUUGAAGACGGAGAUAUCUACGCUUUUCAAUCGUCCCAUCAAAUCGGCGAACGCCAAGUCGUGAUGGGGUGGCCGUACUCGUGGACGUCCACAGCGUCCCACACAAAUCGAGAACAAAUGCACGUGUGGACUGCCUACGCGAUGGAAAGCACGGGCACCGACUUGCGGGUCCAAGGGGUCGUGUCGUCCGCUGCGUUUUCCGUGGUGUCGUACCGCCGCCGCCGCACCACCACCACCACCGACAGUAGUUCAUAAUUGUUAUAAUUCCAGGCAAAAUAUAACACUGUCGUUACUA